GUUCAUCCCAAGUUUCUGGAGUCUAAUGCCACAAGCCACACUUGGCCACUUGCUGCUUUUGCCGAACUCAUUGAUAAUGCCUUUGAUGCUAAAGCUAAAGAAGUCCAAAUUGACCUGCUGACCUUACAAAACACCAGAUGUUUGUCUUUUCAGGACGAUGGACGGGGGAUGGACGCAGACCAUCUUCACAACAUGCUGAGCUUUGGCUACUCUGAAGCCCAUGAGAGACAUCAUGUUGGAAUGUAUGGAAAUGGGUUCAAGUCUGGCUCUAUGCGUUUGGGUAAGGAUACCAUUGUGUUAACGAGGACCGCUGACAGCGCUGGGGUAGGACUUACACUGUUCCCUGUUAUAUCCCAGAGUUAUCUACGGGCUGUUGUUGCAUGCUCAGGGGUGGGGGGGCAGCAUGGCCGGGAAGCAAACCUCAGGGCAAUACUGGAAUAUUCUCCAUUUAAACAGGAGCAGGAGCUUAUUGAUAAGAUGAGAGCUUUUUCUGGAACUGGGACUCUGAUUGUCAUCUAUAAUCUGUGCAGGGUUGACAAAUAUGACAGAAUAGAGCUAGAUUUUACCAGUGACCCUCAUGACAUCCGUUGCCCUUACAUCUCUGGGGGUGACCACGAGGAUAUGGUCAGCUACAGAAACUCACUCAAGCAAUACUGCAGCAUUCUGUACCUACAGCCCAGGAUGAAGAUAAAAAUACGAGGUGUGCCUGUGAAGACCAGACUCAUUGAGAAGUGUCUCAAACACGCCCAAGUGGAUAACUACCAACCCAAAGGGGUAAGACUUGAAUCCUGCACUCCUAAAGCCUUCAGGAUCACUUUUGGACAAGUUGCUGACACAGACACAUCAGGUGAUUACGGGAUUAUGUUUUAUAGAGACAACAGACUCAUUAUACCAUACGAGAAAGUUACGUGUCAGAAACAGAAUGAUGGAGUCGGUUUGGGAAUUGUGGGAGUGACAGAUGCAGGCUUCCUAACUCCAACACAAAAUAAGCAGGACUUUGUUAGAGAUGGGAAGUUUAUAGCGGCCAUGAUUUCUUACAGCAAAAAGUUGAAAAACUACUGGACCAAUAUACAUGAUACAGUCUCAGGCUCCAGGUAA